UUCACCUCCCCAAUUUUUACUCCUCACUUCUCUUAAGAUGACUCUUACUUCACUUCAACAGCUAAACGCUAUGAACAACCCAAAAUUCUUGUCCGUUCCGUUCCUUACCAACCUCGAAACGUUUCGGUUCUUGGCCGAUUCGUCAACUUUUUACAAUUCUCUUUUCACCGCUACUUAUGACACCCACAGUAAUAUUUCCUCCAUUUUAGCCUCCAACCACUACCCUACACAUGCCAUUCCGGCCGAAAUCACGCCGCACUCUGAACCGGCACCCGUUCUUGAUGGAAUCGCCGCCGUUGUUGGACAACACGUUCUCUUCGGAACCACCGCUCUAAACCAAGAAACCUUCAUUUCUCAACAUACCAGCACCAAAACACACAAAGUUGACGGCGGCGGUGGCGGCGUUAGAGGAGUUCCGAAGCAGAGAACAUACAGAGGAGUGCGUAAGAGGCCAUGGGGAAGAUGGUCAGCGGAGAUACGUGACAGGAUAGGGCGGUGCCGCCACUGGCUAGGAACGUUCGACACAGCAGAAGAAGCGGCGCGUGCUUAUGACGCGGCAGCAAGGAAACUGAGAGGAGCAAAAGCCAAGACGAACUUUGAAAUACCCUCAGUUGUACCCAUUGCGUCUCCAAGUAAUAAUUUAGGGUUACAAAAUUUUCAGAUGAAGAAGAGAAGUAACAAGGUGAAUAAUAAUACAAGAAAAUGUGCAGUUGUUACUUCUGUUGCUCAUCUUUUCAGUGAUUUCAGUAAAUUUACUGACGGUAAAAUGGUUAAUUCUGUGGAGCUUGAUCUGAAGCUGGGAGUGAAUAAUUCCCAACGAUAGUUCUUCAACUUGCCCUAAUCUUGUAGAUUUUGGUAUGUGGUGGCUACCAUGUUUUUUCCUCUAGCAGUUAGGGUUUAGUGUGAUGUAAUCAGUAAUGGAUAAUAUGUAAAGCUUUUUAGGAGCUGGACAAAUAUGGUCAGCUUUUCAGUAGUACUACUAACUGUUGAUUUUUGGCUAUAAAAUGUUUUUAAGGCAUGAACUUGCAAAAGUUCGAGUUCAAAUGACUUAAAUUUUCAAGCUCAAACUU